AUGGAUAAUGAAUUGAAAGAUUUAGAGUUAGAUGACAGUAAUGAUAGUGAUCAAGUUCAAGAUGAAUAUGAUUAUAAUAAAAGCGAUACAGUCGAUUUUAGAUCCAAACAAAUUCCUCAGCAAUCUGCAUUACCACCCUUAAAUUCAAAAAAUGAAAGAAACACAUUUAGAGAAUCAAUGACUGUAUCAAAACAAAAUAUUGGCUCAUAUGUUAUGGGUGACCUAUUAGGGAAAGGUGGCUUUGGUGAUGUAUUUAAAGGUUUAAAUACAUUAACUGGUGAUUGGGUUGCAAUUAAAAGAUUUUCAAAAUCAAAAAUAUUAAAGGAUCAACAUUCUUCUGUUUCAACCGAAUUUGAAUUAUUACAAAGAUUAAAUCAUGAAUGUGUAGUUAGAAUUUUAGGUAAAGAGGAAGAUGAAAAAUAUAUUUAUAUCUUUUUGGAAUAUAUGGAAAAUGGAUCAUUAUCAACUAUUUUAAAUAAUUUUGGUACAUUUCCAGAAACUUUAGUUUGUACAUAUAUGGAGAAUGUUUUAAGAGGUUUGGUUUAUUUACACAGCGAAGGUGUAAUUCAUAGAGAUAUUAAAAGUGGUAACAUUUUAAUAAAUAAAAAUCAAGCAAAGCUUUCAGAUUUUGGUGUUUCUGCGGAAUUAAAAGAAUCUGAUAAAAGAUACUCUGUAGUGGGUACACCAUAUUGGAUGGCACCAGAGGUUAUUGAAAUUUCAGGACAUUGUCAAGUUUCAGAUAUUUGGAGUGUAGGUUGUACAAUUAUAGAGUUAAUUACAAGUUAUCCACCAUAUUUUGAUUUAAAUCCAAUGUCUGCAAUGUUUAGAAUUGUUCAAGAUGACCACCCACCACUCCCAAAGAACAUAUCGAAAGAGUUGAGGGAUUUUUUAGGUAGAUGUUUUGUUAAAUCUGUAGAAGAAAGAGCAACAGCAAAGGAAUUAUUAAGUCAUGAGUGGAUUACAAAAAAUAGAACCAAUAUAAUAAACCAUCAAAGAAAUACAUCAAAAUCAGGCAGUGGUAAUUUUAUAAUACCAAAUAUAACCAUAAUGAAUGAAUCAGGAAAUGGUUCACCAAAUAGCAAUAACGAUAGUGAUAGUGAAAAUACAAAUAGUUUAGGUAUAUCAAAUCAAAGUUCAAGAUCAUCAUCAUUUAUUGGUAAUGACGACGAAAGUGACUCAAAAUCACAAACCAUUGUAGCAUUUAAAUCAAGUUCAUCAACACCAACAAACAGCGGUACUAGUGGUGUAAGUGAAAUUGAAUACAAUAAGCAACAAAUGGAAUUGAAAUUAUUAAAAUUCAGGGUAGCAGAAUUAGAAAAAGAACUAAACGAUGGAUCAGAAAAACUAAAAGAGUCAGAAACGAAAUAUAAAGAAAUUUUAUUAAGCUCAAUGCAUUAUAUUUAUAUUGUAGACAGUACAAUGAACUUAUCAGGCAACCAAAUCAAACCAAAUAUAUCCAAUGAAAUAAAUCAUCUAUGUAAAAUAAUGAGGGAACAAAUCGAAACAGAAUAUUAUAGUGCCUAUCCAGACCGUGACUUGGUACCAAGGUUUAUUCAGCGUAGGUUCACAAGAGAUUCAUUUGAACUAAUGAACAAUAUCCCCAAAAAAGCAUUAGAGGCUCAAAAAAGAAGAGAAAAAGAACAAGAAAAAUUAGAAAAGAAAAAACAAAAAGAAAAAGAAAAGCAAAAAGACAAAAAGAAACUUUCUGAUGAAAAUAAUUCAAAUACAACAAAUCAAAACUCUGCGUUUUACGCUUCACCAAUAACGCCACUGUCUCCAAACUCUUCCAAACCAAAUUUUAUUAAAAGAACAAUUUCAAAAAAUUUUAAUGAUUAA